AGGAAGCCGCACGGCCGGCUGUGACUCAAAACAGUCUGCAUCUGUAUGUGUGCUGGUUUUUUCUUGCAUUCAUUCACGCCUGUGCAUGUAAAUGGUUAACGGAUCUGGCUAGUAGCUGAGUGCCUAAAGUGCUUUGCUUGCAGGUUAUGAAAUACUGCAUUACUGCCCUGAUAUGACUUCCCUUCUAAGUUCAAAGGUUGCUGCAGGCCAGUGAAUGCCAAGCAGGGCUGAAUCGUGACUAAGCGAUGGAGCAGGUCUCUUUCCCGCCGCUGUCCAGCGUUGUCAUUUGUGGUGGCACACAUGGAAAUGAGAUGACGGGGGUGUACUUGGUGAGAGAAAUGCAGAAACAGAAGGUCGAUAAAGUUGGAUCUGUUUCUAUAAAUGCCGUCAUGUCCAAUCCGCGGGCUGUGGAAGCUUGCACAAGAUACACAGAAACUGAUCUCAACCGCUGUUUUACAGAUGCAUUGCUGAGCUCCCCCAUAACAGAUUCAACACCCUAUGAAGUGAGGCGAGCUCAGGAGCUGAAUGCUCAACUGGGGCCCAAGGGAAGCAACAAGGCCGUGGAUAUGCUCAUAGAUCUCCACAACACCACAUCAAACAUGGGCCUGUGCCUUAUCUUCGACUCCAUAGACUAUGUCACCCUACACAUUUUCAAAUACUUACAGAGUAAGAUACCUUCUGUGCCUGUGAGAUCAUUGCUGCUGGAAAAACCCCCCUCUGAAGCUUAUUCCUUGGACUCGGUGGGCAAGCAUAGUUUCUCAAUAGAGGUCGGUCCUCAACCCAACGGUGUGGUCAGAGCUGAUAUCUUUAACAUAGUGAAGGAGGCAGUGGAUCACACCAUAGGAUUCCUUCAGGAAUUUAACCGUGGAGGCACUUUUGAAGGAGGAGAAGUGGAAGCAUUCACAGUGGUGAAAAGUGUCGACUACCCACGGGAUCCAAUGACGGGUGAAAUUACCGCUGCCAUACACCCUCAGCUGCAGGAUAAUGACUUCAAGCUCCUCAAGCGAGGCGACCCCAUGUUCUUAUCAUUUACCGGGGAGACGGUGAAAUAUGAGGGAGAAGAGCUCUACCCUCUCUUUGUGAAUGAAUGUGCCUACUAUGAGAAGAAGAUUGCUUUCCAUUUAGCUCAGAAGCUCACUCAUAAGUUCCCGUCUAUACGUGUGAAGAAGGACUGAGAGCAUAGAGAGAGAACAGGACCAAAGUAUACUGUCUUGAAAUUGUAAUCACAAAAACAUGUUUACACUACAUGUGAUCUAAUUACUCCAAAUAGCAAAUGCACAAACAUGAUUAUCAAAUCUUUAUAGGUGCAGAUUACAAACAGCACGAGUACUUCCUACAAUGCAGUUUGGCAGUUUUGCAACCUUACUGCCUCUGUGAGGUGCAAAAGGAAGCUCGUUUGUAACACCGCAGUUGUUUUAGUACUUGAAUGAGUGGUGCUGCACAGGCUCUGGAGGUAAAAUUCUUCCACCCACGCUGUAUUUUUUUUAGAAUUAAUUUGCUUGAUCAGAUGGUCACUGAUCUUUUUGUACCACUGCAAUUACGCAUAUUAUUUUUGAAUAAAUGGAAACAUGAAUCACUUCAACUAUUAAUUCAUCAAUUGUUAAACACUGUGUUUUGACUUAAAUGAUGUCUCUAUAAGUUGAUAUACAAGUUAAUUUCUGGUAAAUCUGUUCAGUUGUUCACAGAAAUGUGCCUGCCAGUCAAAGGAAAUAAAUAUUCAUUUGGCACCUAAGUAAAAGCAUUUAACAUGUUCAUGGUUUGAAAUGUGCGGCGGAAUUGCUUCUUCUCGGGGUUUUAAUCAAGGUGGAGGUGUUUAAAACAGACUGUGUACGCUUUACAUUAUUUUGUACUAAGUGCAUCCAUCACAAAGAACUGAACAACACAUACAAAGCAAACUAUUAAUAUGAAUAUUAACACCAUGAACGUAAUCGUGCAGUAUGAAAGAGUCCAAUUAACCGGUACAAAAAAAAAAAUCCAAAACUAAGAAAAUUACCAGCUACAACUAAAAAGUGUUCAUUUGUUCAAUAAAGAAGGACUUCUGUAACUGGA